UUGAUAUACUAAAUUAAGAUGGAGGAGGCCGAUCCCCUGGGUUUUACCAAGCACACAGCAAUGAUUCUGGAAGGCCUGAACGCUCAAGAUUUGAUCCCAGAGUUCAAAAAACGAAGUAUUCCAACAGAUGCUCUUCCAGAAUUAUCAAAAGAGGAUUUAGUGGUGCUUGGAGCUAGUGAGGAGUUAGCUGAAAAAUUACAGAAGCAGUUCAGGUCUAAAGUGAGGAAGAUCGAGCCUAUUGGGGACCAUGAUGAAGAGAAAAUUGGAAAAAUAUUGGAUAUCUUGAAGAAGGGAAGACAGCAACUGUAUCUCAUCGACACAUUUCUAUUAUAUUCACGUAGGAAAUUGAUGGAAUCAUCAGGGGAUUAUCUCAUUGACAGGAAUUUGAAUGAACGAGCUAGCGAGGCUCUUGUUAUGGCGAUUAAGAGUACUCUGGGGGAUUUGGAACGAGUGGAGCGUCAGUAUAAGGAAUUAUCAUCGUUUAUUAAUGAGGAAUCAGAUGCUAAAUCCUCCAAAGCCAUUAAAUAUUCAUUACUCACUGCUGCGGCUGUGCUGACCUGCUUCAUGUUUACUUGGAAAAUCUGUAAAGAAUUGUCAUAAAGUUCCAGUUUAGGAUUAUAUAGAACUGUUGUCAGCGUCAAGUAUAUCGCAGUUCCACUUUCGAGUUUAUCCUUCAUUAAAGGGGACCCAAGUGAAAUUUAAAAAUCGUCGAUUGAUGAAAAUACCUAUCGAGCGAUUUUUUAUACAUCAUGGGAUACAUAAAAAACUAAGAAAAAUUUUGUAGCCAACCCAUUUUUUUCAUCCGAUUUAAACUUUUCGGUAGAUUCCAUAGAAUAAAACUAGGGAUUUUUUUUAUUACCUCAAUUAGAUGAUAGAAAAACUAAAUUUUCUCGGUUUCGUCAACUAAAGAUUUUUGUCAAUUUCAAAAACGUAUAUUUAUAAUU